GCCGCGUCGCGCGCCACCCGCUUCGUGUUACGCGCUAUAUUAUGACAGCGACGUGAUGGACGGCAAGGAGUACGGUGCGGUUCCCGGCUUGCCCGCCGGCCUGGACUAUUUUAUGAUGCCGCGCGUCAGCCAGCCCGCGCCACAGUUCGACUUCAGAAAGUUAGGCGCCAGUUUCAGCGGCCGCGACGAAGACAAGUGUGAGGAGCGGCGGUCCCCGGAGUACCCGCCUGAGCGUCGUGACCCGCUGCCCGCGCCGUGGCCGCUCGGCCUCGGAGUUCAAUUCGUCAACCCCGCUACCGGGAAGAAGAGAGUGCAGUGCAAUGUUUGUUUAAAAACUUUUUGCGAUAAAGGCGCGCUAAAAAUACACUUUUCGGCGGUGCACUUGCGAGAGAUGCAUAAGUGUACAGUGGAGGGGUGUACGAUGAUGUUUAGUUCGCGGCGUUCGAGGAAUCGACACAGCGCUAAUCCAAAUCCAAAGCUUCAUUCACCGCACGUGAGACGUAAGAUUUCUGCCCACGAUGGCAGGUCGGCGCAGCCUUUCUCGCUGUUACCGGCGCUGGCUCGCCUACCGCUGCCGCCACCCUCCCUUCUUCCGCCUGAGUUAGCUGCACGUCUUCCACCUCCACUAGCAGCGAAUCAUGGACCCCCUCACCUACCUCCGCGAGUUCCUCUCGAUGAUCUCCGUAACUUCAGUGAAAUUGAAAAAAUGUACAGAAGUGUUCCGUCGCCCCAACAUCAUCACCCUCGGCACGCAUUAGAUCUCGCCAAACCUGUUGUUGCUCUGGAAGAGGAAUCUAUUAUUUGUAGUGAUAAUAAUGAUGACAUUUCUGACGAUGAGGACAAAGACCAUGUGAUCAAAACUGAUACUUUUGAUGAGAAACGAUCGAGUUACAUCGAUGAACCGGAAGAUUUAAGUGUAAAUAAAAAGAAGGAAGACUUAAAAUCUCCUAUUGUACAAUCUGUAUCCAGAACUGACCCCACCGCAACAGAUGAUAAAUUAUCAUUGAUACCUAACAAACGUAAGAGAAAGAGCGGGAAUCCGACGAGGUGCUCGCAAAACAAUGAAUGUAGUGUAUCAGACGAAGAGUACAAUGGCGAUUUAUUCAGAAACUUAUCUACGCCUAGUUCUAGUCGAGCUGAUGAGGAGCCUUUAUCUCUGAAAAAACAAAAACCGGAGAAAUGGGAGCCAUUUCAGAACGGCGAGGAGCCGACUGUGGACUCGGAAUCAGUGACAAGAGUGAAGGCUGAAAGUGAAUCUGAUGAUGAAUCUAGUGCGCCGAGCGUCGUUCGAGAGGGCUUAAGACUGCGUUCAGAUCUCUAUACACCGAGUGAUAGUGGUAGUGACCUACACGCGUUGGAGGAGCGCUUGGCGCGCGCCCGGUCUCGGUCAGCGAGCAGUGAAAGAACGGAAGAUCGGGUAGAUAUCAAUGACCUCGAAAUACCCAUAGACGAUGAAAAUCCCGAUCGAUGUACGGCCUGUGGUAAAAUAUUUCAAAACCACUUCACGCUGCGAAUGCAUUACAGAAACGACCACUUAAAGCUACUGCACCCGUGUGAAGUUAAUGGUUGCGACGCUGCUUUUCCCUCGCGGCGGAGUCGAGACAGACACAGCUCAAACGUAGAUCUGCACCGGCGUUUAUUAUCAACAACGUCACCCGAAGCUCAAGAACAAAGGCCCGCGUUUGAAGUGAACGCAGAACUUCUCAAUAAAUUGUACGCGGACAUAAAAGGUCUGGCGUCAACACUAGAAAGUUUAAGAUACGGUGGCGAAGAGUCUUCCCAGAUUCCUAGCUAUGUCACUGAAACUAUGAAGUUUUAUAGUCGGAAUUUAACUGCUCUACAAGCGGGUAUGUUUCCACAAUUGAGCGAUCGGGGGUUUUUUCCGAGCCCUUAUUUAAUGGGUAACGGAGCGAUGCAACCAGGGGGUCUGUACGGCGCGCCGGCGGGGGCUCAAUCGGCGCGAGAGUCACUAUCCCCUUUGUCGGCGUCGUCUCCGCCGGUCAUUUCACCGGGAAGGCUUGACGCGGCACACGCUCGUAACAGAGAUGACGCGAAGCUGCUUUUUCGCGAGACCUCUGAAUCCUACAAGAAGAUGACUUCCCUGUGCGAGCGUCAGGAUCAGCUCUACCAGCACCACGUUCCCGUGUCAUGACGCAAUCCGUACAACCCCCGCGCGACCUGGUGAUACCUCACUUCUUAAGCCACUGCGCACAGACUCUGUAUAUUUAAUUGUUAAUAAUUUUAAUUGUGUUAAUUCUAUCAUAUUUCGUUUUGUAUUUUCUUGUGAUAUUUAGACAAAUAUAUCGUAAUAAUUAUCGAUCCCACGAACUGUAAGUUAUAGGGAUAUUACCGCUUGGGUAUUAUGUUGGCGUUUGUGAAGCGAAGUGCAAUACGGACUCGGAAUAUUAUAAAUAUUAAUGGAAUCGGCGGCGUACGAUAUGGUAUCGUGUAGAGUAUUCGUAAUCGAUGUUGAAAGUAAACGUUAUAAUGAUCAGCUUCAUUUGUUGUUCUGGCGCAAUAAA